UUUCUUUCUUUCUUUCUUUUUUUUGUCUAUUAUAUAUAUAUACAUUCUAAUAGGAUACCUUUUUGAAAUAGUGAAAUAUCAACUGUCACCAUUUGGUUCUUGGAAAUUAGUUUUAUUAGAACAAAGUUUAUCAGUAUCAUCUCUGGAAAGGAAAAAUAUCAUUAUUUUGAAUUACAAUGUAUGGUAGAAAUACUUCCAGUUCUAUUUAUAAUGGUCGACCACUGAUCAAUCCACCUACAUUGAUCGAAUCAAACAAUACAAGAUUUCUUAUUGUAGAUGCACCUAGUACAAAUAACUUACCACUUUAUUUGAAGGAAUUUGAACGAUGGCAAGUAACAGAUGUAGUACGAUGCUGUGAAGCAACAUACCCUAAAGAACCAUUGGAUGAAAAAGGGAUUGAAACACAUGAUUGGGUAUUUAGUGAUGGUGCUUCUCCUCCUUCUAGUAUUGUGGAUACUUGGUUGAAUUUGAUUGAAGAACGAUUUCAUAAUGUGGAUCAUCCUACAGGUUGUAUUGCUAUUCAUUGUGUAGCUGGGUUAGGAAGAGCACCUGUAUUAGUAGCCAUUGCUCUUAUUGAACAGGGUAUGCCACCUUUGGAUGCGGUUGCAUAUAUUAGGGAAAGACGUCGUGGAGCCAUCAACAACAAACAAUUGAAGUUUAUUGAAUCUUAUAAACCUAGAUCUAAAAAACAAUGCAUCAUCUCUUGAUCAACACCGUUUUGCUGGACAUUCGAUGUAUAUUUGGUUUUAGUUUAGUUUAUUAUUCUUUUGUUUUACUUGGGUUUUAUUUGAUGUAGAUCUUUUUUUCAUAAAGGAAGUGAAUAGUCUAGUUUUUUUUUUUUUUUGAUGACACGUGGAAACAUUU